AGUGUGACCCCAACUCUAAAUGUAGUAUCGGCUACAUUCAGAAGAUGCUUUUAGUAAGAGAUUGAAUGCCGAGAAGAAACAGCCUCAUUUUGACAGACUGAGACAUGUCUAACAUCGUGGACCCAGUUUUUCCACCAGGGGGUGAGAAAGAGAAGAAGGAGCCAGUUGAUAUGGAGGGUGAGAAAGAAGAAGAUUCCUCUGAAAUCAGUUGGAGUGAAGAACUUAGGCUAGUCCUCAUCGGAAAGACUGGAUCUGGAAAGAGUGCAUCUGGAAACACCAUCUUGGGCCGGAGGCACUUCCUGUCACAGAUCAGUGCCAGCUCUGUCACCCAGAUUUGCCAGCAGGGGAGCGCUGAGCUCUCUGAGGAAGAGGACAUGGUGGAGGAUGACCAGGCUGUCACACAGAGGAGGGUGAGGAGAGUGGCGGUGGUUGACAUGCCAGGUUUCGGGGACACUCACCUCAGUGUGGAGCAGAUUCAUGCAGAGAUCGCUAAAUGUGUGUCUCUCUCUGCCCCGGGCCCACAUGCUUUCCUCCUGGUGGUGCCAGUAGGACGUUAUACAGACAGUGAGAACCAGGCUGUCUGCGAACUGAGCAAGAUAUUUGGGGAGGAUGCAGUCCGUCACCACACAGUGGUUCUUUUUACCAGGGGUGAUGAUCUAGAGGGUUUGGGUAUAGAAGAGUAUCUGAGGGAGACUGCACCUGCAGGGCUUAAGGCUCUGAUUGACAGAUGUGGGGGUAGAUACCACGUGCUCAACAACAAAGACCCCAGUAACAUGGUGCAGGUUCAAGAACUCUUGUUGAAGGUGGACAAGAUGGUGAAGCAGACUAACACAGGGUUUUAUACUAAUAUCAUGUUUUUAGAGGCAGAGGCUGCUAUCAGGGAGGAGCAGAACAGGAUGCUGUGGGAACGAGGGCAGGCAGAGGGGGAGGAACAUGGGGGGAACAAUAGCACAAUGGAAGAACAGGCUAAACUUGCAAAACGAAGGAAGUGUGACUUGGUGUCUGACCAAACAGGGAGCAGUGAAAGAGGAUCACAACAACUCAGUAAGAGGCAGAUGGAGAGAGGAAAUGAUUUUAGGGUGGAGAGAUGGACAGAGGAAAGGAAUGCGUUUAGCUUCCUGAGGGACGGAGUAGAGAGAUGUAGGGACCAGUUUAGAAGCAGGCAUAGGGGCUGCAGCAGGGCUGUCAUCAGGCGUCAGCCUCCCCGUUCAUCCUUGAUGAGGAGAGAGGCUGCUCUGUCUCCUAAGGUGUUGGACAGAGUAAAGAUCCUGGUGGCUGCUGGAGCCACAGGCUUGGCAGUGGGGGCAGUGUUUGGGGCAGCUGCCCCUUUAGCAGCUGCAGCCGGGGCGUCUCUUGUGGGGAACUCGGUUGGUUUUGCUGCAGGUCAGCUAGCUGGAAUGUCUGUAGCAGGGGGCACAGGUGUUGGGAAAGCUGUGGGGGCCAUAGUAGCAGCAGCCUCAGGGAAAACUGCAGUGGCUCUGGGCAUAGCAACGGGUGGAGUUGUGGGUGGUUCUGUGGGAGCCAUUGCAGGUGCUGAGGCUGCCAGUCCUGGGGAGGGUGCUCUGGAUGCUCUUGGGCAGGUUAGCAUCAUAGGGGCCUCUGCUGUGGGGGUGGCAGCAGGUAUUGGGGGAACCAUGGGAGCUGGAGCUGCUUUAGGAGCAUCUCUGGGGGGAGCAGCUUCCAGCACAGCAGCACUCAGUGGAGCUGAAACUGCAGCAGUGGAGACAGCAGGUGUAGCCAGUGCUUCUGUAGCUCAGAGUAGUUUAGCUUCAUCUGCAGGGCAGCAUGCAUUGACCACUGCAGGUAGUGUAGCUGCAGGUACUGGGACUUCUCAGUGUGCUGCAGCAGGGACAGCUUUAGUUCAGGAAGCAGCUGCUAAUGUCCCAGCAGCAGUAUCUGGGUCUGCUGGUGCCGUUUGUGGGUUAUCAGGUCCCAGUGUGGCUUCAGUGGCUAGCAGGGUUGUGUCAGACCCCUGGGGCACUGUGACAACAACAACACGGAUCCUGAAUGCAGUGUCUGAGAUAGGUAAGGCUGCAGCAGGGAUCGCCUUGGCUGGUGGUUUGGUAGUGAAAGUGGUAAAGGAAAAAGUCAGAAGUGGCAGAGGAACAACAGAAGGUAGUUACUCAGAGAAGAAGUCCUAUGAGAUCUACUGGAACAAAUAAAUACAGGCUAAGACUAGACUCCAUUCAGCUAAUGAAUUAUUUUCUUAGCUUCUCCUCUCAGAGAUAUAUUUUAUUAUCUUGCAUAUGUAAAGCACCUCAAAGAUGCACAGCUGGAAUAAUUCAGUAUCAUAUAACAAUAUAUGUAUCAUUUGUAUAAAAAAUAACCCAUUAUAAUAAAUAAAACAGGGAUUGUGAUUUCAGUUGAUUGAGACUAGUGAAUGAGUCUUUGUACAGAUCCAGAAUCAUUUAAAAAGAAAGUCUCAUUUUCUGAUAGAAAGUGUGGCUUGUCACAGUUCAGACAUGGGAGCAUUGUUAAAUGACAUGACUUUUAUGAACAUUUAAAAUUGUUUCUCUUUUGUUCUUUCUAAAGAAGAAUCACAGCACUAUAAACUAUACAUAGAAAAUUCUCUUAAGCACUAUUAUUACAGUGUUUGCUGGGUGGGGUGAACCUGAUCAAUUAAUGCAGUUUAUCUUGUUACAGAAAUGGGUGUUGAACAUGAUGAACUGAAGUAUUAAAAAAGGAUUUUAAACUAUGUGUUUGCACUGACAGUUGUAUUGCACAUCCUGUAAUAUGUAAACCACACAAUAGAUGUACAGUUAUGUAUUUACAGUUAGUGUCAAUGUACUUCAGUGUGUUUAACUUUGCUGCAGUGAAAUGAACAAUAAAGACAGUAUUCUUCC